AUGGAGAGGGGGAUGGAACUGAGGGCGGGCAGACCGAACAGCAAGCAGAAUAGCGAUAGACAGGCCAUGAAGGAUCGUCUCGAGCUCAAGAUCCUGCAGGCGCAGCAAAAGCUGGAGGAGAUCAAGUCCACCCUGAAGAAAUAUCAACGAGAGAAGCCCUACACCGGCGAACUGAAGGCCAAGAAAUACCCCUUCAAGCUCGACCCCUUCCAGCAGAAGGCAGUCACCGCCAUCGAGUCCGACGAGUCAGUCCUCGUCUGCGCCCACACCUCCGCAGGAAAAACAGCCAUCGCAGAGUACGCGAUCGCUCUGUCUCUCAAGCGCAACAGCAGAGUGAUCUACACAUCGCCUAUCAAGGCCCUUUCCAAUCAGAAGUAUCGAGAGCUCAAAGAGGAGUUCGGAGACGUGGGACUAGUCACUGGAGACGUGGCGAUAGACCAGGGAGCCACUUGCUUGGUGAUGACGACCGAGAUCUUACGGAACAUGAUCUACAGGGGUAGUGAGAUCGUGCGGUAAGUGAAGUGGGUGAUCUUCGACGAGGUGCAUUACAUGCGAGACAAGGAGAGAGGAGUGGUGUGGGAAGAAACCAUCAUCAUGCUGCCCGCGAAUGUUCGAUACGUAUUCCUCUCUGCCACCAUCGGCAAUCCUGGAGAGUUCGCCAUGUGGAUCACCAAACUCCGCAAACAGCCAUGCAACGUUGUCUACACCGACUAUCGGCCUGUCCCUCUAGAGCAUUACCUCUGUCCUUCUGGAGGAGAGGGGCUCUAUCUUGUGGUCGACGAUAAGGGAAAGUUCCACGAGGACAACUUCAGCAAGGCAAUUCAGUCACUCGGAGAAGGAGGCACGCUUAUUGGUUUGGACAAGAAGAAGAAAAACCUGAGUCAGGGUUCUGAUCUUUCUAAGAUCAUUAAGACCAUCAUGGAGCGGCAACUAGACCCAGUCAUUGUGUUCAGUUUCAGCAAGAAAGAUGUGGAGUCUUAUGCUCGAUCCAUAUGCACCAAGUAUGACCUUACCACCAAAGCUGAAAAAGAACGUAUCUAGCUCAUAUACGGUCGUUCCCUACUGGUCCUAGAAGAAAAGGAUCGCCAACUGCCAGCUAUACAAGCCAUGCGAUAGAUCGUAAAGAAAGGUGUGGGCAUCCAUCACGGUGGAUUGCUGCCUUUAGUGAAGGAAGUGGUGGAGCUGCUCUUCCAGGAAGGCCUUCUCAAGGUGCUCUUUUCAACAUAGACAUUCUCAAUGGGUCUCAACAUGCCUGCCAGGACUGUCGUAUUCACCAACAUCAAGAAGUUCGAUGGUGAGAAAUCACGCUGGCUGACAGGAGGAGAGUAUAUUCAAAUGAGUGGGAGAGCUGGCCGAAGAGGACUUGACAAGAAAGGUUCGACUAUUCUGAUGUUUGAUGAAAAGAUGGAGAAAGAUGUGGCGAAAGCGAUGCUCAAGGGCCAUUCUGAUAACCUUCUCAGCAGCUUCUACAUCAACUACCACAUGCUGCUCAACAGUCAAAGAUUGGAAGACAUUGACCUUGAAUACAUCCUGGCUCGCUCAUUGCUCCAGUUCCAGCAGGAUGCACAACUGCCAGCCCUCAAGCAACAACUGGCAUAAAAGCAGAAAUAA